AGAAAAGUACUAAAGGUGAAGAUAAUUAAUUAUAAAAAAAAGAUGAAGAAAAAAUAGCUGAAAAUAAAACAAAUUGUGAAGCUGCUUUUAAAAAUGCUUUUAAAAAUUUUGAAAAGAUCUCCUAUAAUGGGACCAGAGCCCUAUACCAACUAUUUCAAUGGCUCGACACACUCUUUAACUUCCCCUAUGGCCCAGCCAAAUCUGGGCUGGAAUUAUCCCAUGGAAUAUCAACAUUUAGUGCAUCAGCAUUGGCGCUCCUUUCCGGUACCCGAAAUUUAUUAUCAAGCAUUUUUAUUUAUUGCCUUUGUCGUCAUGUUAUUUUGUUCACUAUUUGGCAAUGGUUUAGUUUUAUGGUUAUUUUCAACAUCAAAGAAUUUAAAGACCCCCUCGAAUAUGCUGAUAAUAAAUUUAGCAGUUUUCGAUUUGACCAUGGCUGCAAACAUGCCUCACUAUCUGAUUAAUGCCUCAUUGGGUUAUUUUCAUGGUGGGGAUUUGGGCUGUGAUAUUUAUGCGGCAUUUGGUAGUAUUUCGGGUAUUGGAGCGGCGAUAACUAAUGCAUUUAUAGCCUACGAUAGAUAUAGAACUAUUUCCAAUCCCAUUGAUGGCCGCUUAAAUUAUACACAAAUCGCCAUUUUGAUUAUUUUGACUUGGUUAUGGACCAUACCAUUUACUGCCUUACCUACCUUUCAUAUUUGGGGACAUUUUAUACCAGAGGGCUUUCUCACCAGCUGCUCCUUUGACUAUCUCACCGAUGACGAUGAGACUCGCUAUUUUGUACGCUGCAUGUUCGUUUGGGCCUACUGCAUACCCAUGGUUAUUAUCUGUGUCUAUUAUACGAAAUUAUUUUUUCAUGUUCGCGAUCAUGAGAAAAUGCUUGCCGAUCAGGCCAAGAAAAUGAAUCUCAAAUCACUCUCAGCAAAUCAAAAUACGGCAGCAAUGAGUGUAGAGCUACGUAUAGCUAAAGCAGCCAUGACUAUAUAUUUAUUAUAUAUUUUCUCUUGGACUCCCUAUGCUACUGUAUCGCUAUUGGGUACCUACGGUUAUCGCCAUUUAAUAUCGCCCUUUGCCUCUAUGAUACCUUGUUGUUGUGCGAAAUUAGUUUCAUGCAUAGAUCCAUGGGUCUAUGCGGCCAGUCAUCCGAAAUAUAGAGCAGAAUUAGAGAAACGUUUACCCUGGUUAGGUAUAAGGGAGAGAAAUUCGGCGGCUUCGUCGAGUGGCGGUGGUGAUAAUUUAGAUUGUGAAACUAGUACGGUAUCGGCUAUGAAUUGAAAAAAUUACAUGUUUAUAAUAAAGAGUUUUCUGAAGAGUGUUUUCUUUGGAAAACUCUUUUCUGAAGUCAACUUUAUUGAAAAAAGUCUUUUUUUAAAGGAUUUUCUUUAGAAAAUUGAUUUCGCUAAACAGAUUUAAGAAAUAUGUCUACGUUUUCGUUAGAAAUUCUCCUUUGAAAGUAGUUUUAUAAAACAAAGUGUCUUCCCAAGGGGAUUUUCUUCAAAUUCGUGUCUUCGCUAAACAGAUGGAAAUAUGACAUUAAAAAACAGUUUUCUUUAGAAAAAUAUAUCUAGAUUCUAGAAUAAGAAUAAGAAAUGUGUUAUUUAAUAGUGAUAAAAAAGAUUUCCUAGGUAAUCU